AUGGAAAUUACGCUGGGACCCGCACAAACAGUGAGGAUGGUACAUCCAGGUAUCGAAGUAAAUUUGAUCAAUACGAGUAAUACAGGAGACAUUCGAUCGACCAUCCAGAUGGAAUCGUGUCGUAAGAUAUUCAUUCCUAGAGAUUAUUCUCAAGGUCUCAACGUUCAUUUUGAAACUCAUUUCCCUAUGGCAUUUCGGGGGAAGGUAACUCUUUACUGUUCUAACUCAUGUUUUUAUUUACAGGUGUGCUUGGCAACGAUACUCGAAACAUUGUUAGGUUGUGCUACUUGCUAUUGCUCUCGUUUGAUAAGCGAUACCAUCUACCAGAAAAAGAUGAACACGCUCAGUGAAUUCAUUGACCAGGAGAACCAGCAAACUUACAAUCCUGCCGGAUUCCACAUCAUCAAUCCAAUGCAGAGAGGCUUGCGUACGGUAUGUGUGGUUCGGGUGGAUUCGUCCCCCAGGCAGGGAGUCCGGCGUUUCCAUCAGGAAGGCUAG